AUGACUAAUGAAAUAACUGGUAAUAUUCAAGAUUUAAUAUCGGCUAAAGCAAAAGAAUUAUUUCAAAUAUGUGAUCAAGAAGAAAAAGGUUUUAUUAUUAGAAAAGAUAUACAACAUUUACGUGAUGAACUUGGUGUUGAAUCUGAACAACUUGAAGAUGUUUUUGAUUCAUUAGAUAUUGAUCAUAAUGGUUUUUUAACACUUGAGGAAUUUACAUCUGGUUUUAGCAUGUUUCUUAGUAAUCAAAUGGCGAAUUUUAAUGACAAUGAACAAGAAUUGAUCGAACAUAAUCCUAAUGAAAGUGAAGAACAACAAGCAUUUUAUGAUACAUUAACAGCAUUAGGAGCAAAAGGUUUAUAUGAUGACGAAGAAACAAUUAUGGGAUUAUGGAUGAAAUUACGUGAAACUGAUCCAAUUUUAUUACGACAAUUUGAACAAUUUAUUGGUAAAGUUACAGAUGAAAUAAAACGUUCAAAAUUAGAUCAUCAAAGUAUAGAAGCAGUAUUACGAAGUAAAUCAUCUGUAUAUAAUGAUGAAAUAAAAAAAUUAUAUGAUGAAAUGGAACAACAAAUUAAAAAUGAAAAAGCUAAAGUACUCGAAGAAGAAAAAUUAAAAGAACGUGAACUUCGACAACAAAUGGAAGAACAAUUACAUAUAAAAGAGCAACAAUUAGCUGAAGUAACUAAAAAACAAAAUGAUUUAGAAAUGAAAUUAAUUCAUACUAAUUUAAAUGAAACAGAAAUAAAAAAUGAUAAUGAACGAUUACAAAAAGAAAAAAUUGAACUUAAACAACAAUUACAAGAAAUAACAAAAAAUCUUGAAGAAUCAAAACAUUAUAUAUCUCAAUUACAAUUUCAAACAAAAAAAGAAAAACGUGAUAGAGCAAAACAAGCAUUAAAUUUAACUGAAAAUCUUGUUAUUGAACGUGAAAAUCUUGUUAAAGAACUUACUACACUUAAAUCUCUAAAUAAACGUUUAGUUGAUGAACGUGAUCUUCAACAUGAUGUUAAUUCACAAGACCGUAAUUUAAUAUUAACUCAUGGAUCAACAGAGAAAAAGAAUUCUAUUCUAUCAAAUUAUCUUUCAUCACCAUAUAGAGAUGAUAGUGAACCUGAAGAAGAUGAUGAUGUUAUAUAUUCAUUAGAUAAUGAUGAAACUGAAAGUAAUACUGGAAUCACAAAAAAUCAAGAUCAUUUUGGAACUGAAAAAUUGGGUAGACGUCAUCAACCAAUUGGUGCUCAAACAGUUUUUCAACAUUCAGAAUUAAUGAAUGUACCAUCUAAUGCAUCACCUGAUCGAAUAUUUAAAGUAGCUCUUAUUGGUGAUAGUGGAGUUGGAAAAACAAGUUUUAUUCAACGAUUUUGUAAAGAUCAUUUUACAGAAACGUUUUCAGCGACACUAGGUGUUGAUAUACAAGUUAAAAUGCUCAAUAUAGAUAAUCGUAUUGUAGCAUUACAAAUAUGGGAUACUGCUGGUCAAGAAAGAUUUCGAAGUAUUACUAAACAAUUUUUACGUAAAUGUGAUGGAAUUAUUCUUGUUUAUGAUGUUACAUCUGAAAUAACAUUUCAAAAUGUUCGUUCAUGGAUAGCAUGCACUCAAGAACUAACAGAUGCAGAUUGUGUUGUAGUUCUUGUUGGUAAUAAAACUGAUUUAUGUAAUGAUGAUGAACAACGGCCUGUUAAAUAUAAAGAUGGAGCAAAAUUAGCUGAUGAAUAUCGAUGUUUAUUCUUUGAAAGUAGUGCUCGACUAGGUACAUCAGUUAUUGAAAUAAUGGAAGCAAUUGCUCGAUUAAUGCAAGAAAAAGAUGAUCGAUUACGUAAAGGUGAAAAUAUUAUUAAUCUAUCAUCAAAAACAAAAAAAUCUGGUUGCUGUUAA